GAAUGUUGUUCAGGAAAUACUAAAGUGACUGACAUGCCAGAAAGCUGUAAAUAACUGGCUUCCUUAUCAAGAUACCUGUGGAAAAUACCUAAUUGCCUCACUGGCUGCCCUGCUGGUCUUGACUUGAUUUCUGAACCAGCUGCAGUGGGGGAAGCCAUUGCACUUGCUGCCUUGACUACAGCAUUGGGUUCUGCUGGUUUCCACUUGGGACUGAGGAGCAGGAACAUAAUGGUUCCAGCUGCUUCAAUCAGCUUAAUCAAUCUGUCCUCAUUUACACGCCUAUGAAGUCUGAAACCUUAGAACAGUUUCCCUUCCUUCUGCAGGGUGCCAGGAGAUCUGGUGCUGAAAUUUAUCCUGCAGAGCUGUCAGCCUUGUAUUAGAAUUGGUGUUUUUGUGACACAGCGGGACACGUGCUGGUCUUGUGUAACUUGUCCAACGUUCCCAGAGUCCUGACAUCCAGAGAGGGGCAUGGCAACACUCCUCACCCUGGGAAGGAACUCUGUGAUGGGAUAGCACUGCACCUGCCAGUCGUGGCCUGCUGUUUGCAGGGCCCAGGAGCCUUGAACCACAGACUCUCCCAGUGUGAGGCUCUGUUACUGCAGCUCCCUCCCCAUCCCAGCGUGAAGCCAAGCCUGUGAUUUCCAGGCUUGGUUGAGGGGAAAUGCACGGAGUCUUUACACACCGGAAUCUUGAUGAGUAUCUUGCUCUUGCCUUUUGUGCAAAAUGCCACUCAAGGCACUGUGCCAUCCUCUCUGCUGAGCUCACAGCAUCAGCCCACGACAAGAAAGGUCCCAGAAAACAUUGACUCACUGCAUCCCAGCAUCCUGCCAGGGGAUGUGUCUGCAGUGAGAUCUCCUCAGCUGGAGCGAGGUUGAAUGGAAUGGAUCACUGUGAGGCUGUUUUACCUUCCCUGAGUGUGCUGCCACCUGUGCUGCCUGCCAGGACAAGGGCUGGGGGCACUGGGAUCACUGCCAGUGCUGGGCAGGACGCAGCUGGAGCUGGGGGUUUGCAUGUGCAGGAGGAGCUUUCUGGAGAAGCUUUCAGAUGAAAUUGCUGAGAAUUUUUGCCUGAAGCAAGGGAUGUUUCCCAUGUUUAAGACAAGCAGUAACCUGCAGUUAGAAGGAAGAAGGGACUGAAUUCACUCCAGAAGUAUUUCUCCGGGAUCUUUUUUUCAAGGAGGCAAAAUGAUGGUUCCUGCCUUGGGAACUUGAAGGUUUUUAAUUGGCACGGUUUGAAGAAAUGUUGGUGAAAGCAAGAGAAAGGAGAUAGGUUUUUUAAGCAUCUGUUUGAAUGGCACCUGAACAACCACUUUAUUGCUGUUGAAAACUAUUUGUGGAGAGACCAGGUCCUUGUCCCAGCUGCAGGAAAAACCUUAUUUAAGGGACCAAGAAAGAAGACAAAGAGGAGAAGGUGAGAUGGUCCCAGGAGGCUCUGCUUUCAGCGUAUGUCGUUUUCCGAGGCUUCUCUGUGCCGAGUGCUUCUGUGUCCCAUCUGCUACCACACCCUGAAAUCAAACUCGGCAGCUUAGGUGCACCAGGCACUGUACAAACAUGUCAGACUUGCCUCCACCCCUUUUUCUACUCCCGCUUUCUCCUGCCGUCUUUCUCUCUCAAGUUUAUCGGCGUGUCAGCGGAUUCCGGUGGCGGAGCAUUCCCACCUCACCUCUGGGCACAGAGCAAUGAGGAGUCAGGGCCCAGCAACACUGUCCUCCAAUCGGCUUUGCUGCAUGACAGUGGGAGAGUUUGCCUCCAGACCCUUCUUGCUCCUCUCCCUUGGAAUUGUCCACCACCAGCAUUGUUGCAACAGGAGUGCCAGACACUAGUGCUUUAAUGUAUUUGGGGACAGAGCACUGAAAAACAGAAGAGAAAUUUGUGGCGUCAUGUUCCGCAAGAAGAAGAAGAAACGCCCGGAGAUCUCGGCUCCGCAGAACUUUGAGCACCGUGUCCACACCUCGUUUGACCCAAAGGAGGGCAAAUUUGUGGGCCUGCCCCCUCAAUGGCAGAACAUUCUGGACACACUGAGGCGCCCCAAGCCAGUGGUAGAUCCUUCGAGGAUCACGAGGAUGCAGCUCCAGCCCAUGAAGACCGUGGUACGGGGCAGCACUGUGGAAGUGGAAGGCUACAUCUCGGGGCUGCUCAACGACAUCCAGAAGCUCUCUGCCAUCAGCUCGAACACCCUGAGGGGCAGGAGCCCCACCAGCAGGAGGAGAGCCCAGUCCCUGGGGCUCCUGGGGGAUGAGAGACCCCCGGACAUGUAUCUCCAGAGCCCUGAAGCAGACUGGGCAGACAAGUAUGGGAACUACCUCAGCUGCAAUGGUGGCUCCAAGGUGGCCCGGAGGCAGACCAUGUGGCCGGACUACAAAGCCCGGCUGGAAGGCCAGUCCCAUCCCAACGGGAUGGUGACAAAAGCGCAGUCCCUGGGCCCGGCGGAGUUCCAGGAUGCCGAGGGCAGCUGCCUCCAGCGCACCCCUGCGCUGCAGCACGUGCCGGCUGUGCCGGGCGACAGCGACACCGGGCCGAGGAGCCCGGAGGAGGGCUGGCCCCAGCGAGCAGCCAGCUCCAGGCCCUCGGGGGAGGGCAGCCCCAGCUCCAAAUCCCGGGAGAACAGCCUCAAGAGGAGGCUGUUGCGCAGCGUGUUCCCCUCAUCCAACGCCUCAAACAAGCCGGGCUCUUCCCUGCAGAUCAAGCCUAACACUUUCUUCAGGCCCCAGCAGUGGGGCUCCCCGCGCAGCCCUGCAGCCAAAGCCCAGUCUCUCCCGCCAGAUCCGCCUGCCUCCGAUUUCCCCAGGGGGGUCUCGGAAGCCGGGACCCCCCAGAAGUCCCCGCCAGCGGAGAAGGCGGUGGCAGUGCCCCUGAGCCGGCCCUCACCAGCCGGGUCCCCCCGCAGCCGGCACACCCAGACCAGCUCCAGCAACCUCCACCUGCCCCCGGACUCCGCUGGGAAGGGGCAGCCGGCAGGCGAGGACCCCGUGGUGGUGACCCAUGAGCAGUUCAAAGCUGCCCUCAGGAUGGUCGUGGACCAGGGGGAUCCACGGGCGAUGCUGGAGAACUACGUCAAGAUCGGGGAGGGCUCCACGGGCAUCGUGUGCAUCGCGCGGGAGAAGCAUUCGGGGCGCCAGGUGGCCGUGAAAAUGAUGGACCUGAGGAAGCAGCAGCGCCGGGAGCUCCUCUUCAAUGAGGUGGUGAUAAUGAGGGACUAUCAGCACGUCAAUGUCGUGGAGAUGUACAAGAGCUACCUCGUGGGAGAGGAGCUCUGGGUGCUGAUGGAGUUCCUGCAGGGGGGAGCCCUCACAGACAUUGUGUCUCAAAUCAGGCUGAACGAGGAGCAGAUUGCCACGGUGUGUGAGUCGGUGCUGCAGGCUCUGUCCUACCUCCAUGCCCAGGGGGUCAUUCACCGGGACAUCAAGAGUGACUCCAUCCUUCUCACACUGGAUGGCAGGGUCAAACUCUCAGAUUUUGGCUUCUGUGCUCAGAUCAGUAAAGAUGUACCCAAGAGAAAGUCCCUGGUGGGUACUCCCUACUGGAUGGCUCCAGAAGUCAUUGCCAGGAUACCAUACACCACAGAGGUGGAUAUCUGGUCCCUGGGGAUCAUGGUGAUAGAGAUGGUGGAUGGAGAACCCCCCUACUUUAGUGAUUCUCCAGUCCAGGCAAUGAAGAGACUCCGAGACAGUCCUCCUCCCAAACUGAAGAACUUCCACAGGACCUCCCCAGUUCUGAGAGACUUCUUGGAAAGGAUGUUGACACGGGAUCCGUUGGAAAGAGCAACAGCACAAGAACUUCUGGAUCAUCCCUUUUUGCUCCAGACAGGACUUCCAGAGUGUUUGGUGCCCCUUAUCCAACAAUACAGGAAGCGCACCUCCACCUGCUGACUCUGCCUGAGGGAAAAUUGUGGGGAAAAAGGAAUGUUUAUAACAAAAAGAAAUCUAAAAAAUGAAGAGCCCAGGUGGUUUCAUCCUGUGAAUGGUGCUUGGAACUUGUCAGCGAUUGUUUUAGAGGAUGAGUGUGAAUCCUGUCCGUGCAUUUGCAGCCUUCUGGGGCUUCUCCUUUGCUGAAGACAAUCAAUACAGACUAGAUCCAGGUGAGACCAAGGAUAAAGCGGGUAUUCCAUGCCUUGGGAAUCACUGCUGCCGGAGGAUGGCGUUUGAAGCGGAGUCUGAAGUUGUGUAUCUGAAUGUCUGUGAGUUUCUGCACACCUUGGCUGCUGACCACUGAACUGGAAUGAUGUUUCCCGGUUAGAAAUGUGAUCUUUGCUUCCUUCAUUCUACACUGGAGUCCUGUGCUGACUCAUUUUGGGGCACAGACCCCUUUAAACUGUCAAACAAUGCACAAAGACUUGAAUUUUUUUCCUCUGAGACUUUUUCACAGACGAUUUUAAUUUCCUUGGGUUAAAUGUGGACCUGGAAACCUGCCCACACUUGGCUCGGGAGUGAUGUGAUAUGUAUAUAUUUGUUUCUAAGUGGCUCUCUUGCAUCAACAGGCUUCUCUUUUGCUGCGGAAUGUGUAUGGUUUAGUGGUCAAUCUUGAAUCCAUUUCAUGAUUUUAAACUUCUGGAAACCCUUGAACAAAGGCCUCCAAGUGGACUCUGUGAAGACCAGGUGCUCCCACCACCAGGUCCUUGUGGUUGACAAUUCACCACGUAAGACCUCUGGUGCUGGCUGGGGUGUGAGCAGCCUGCUCCUGGGGCUGCUUUCCAGGCGCCUUUCUUUCCCUGCCCCUUCUCCCAGGAGAGGCUGAGAAAUGCUGCCCUGAGGCAGUUGUUGGGUAGCAUUUUGGGGAUGCUGUAGGAGACAGAAUGGAACAGUUUGAGCUGUGCUGCUCAUCCCAGGAUUGAUCUCUGUGUUCGUGGGAGGUGAUUGUCCAACCUCCAUCUCCCUGCGGCUGCUGCAGGAUGUGGGGAGACACCUCUGCUGUCUGGCUGUUGGUCUGCCCUUCCCCACCAGCCCUUGGCAUCUGAAAGGUUUCUGGUUGUCUAAACAGCUCUUUGAGUUCUUUUAACAUAGUUUUAGGUAUUUUGUGUGCUACACUCUCUGGUCAGUGAGAUCCUCAAGGUAAUUGGACUCUAGGUCAGGAUUAACAUUGUACAGUGACGGUGUGUGUUGUUGUGAGGUCUCAAGAAUAUACUCUUACAUGUGGAACUGGGAUUUUGUUUUGAAACUCCACAUGCAAAUGUACUGGAAUUUAAGUUAUUCUCGGGACAGUCCUUCUGUGCCAGAAACUAACCUCAGAAUUGCAUUUUCUUCAGAAGAUGUUCAUAAUCUCUGUCCUCUGCUGUUUGCUCCAGUUACAGAUCCUGCUUCAAAAUUGAAGCCACAGUUGAUUACUUGAAGUAAUUUGGGAGGGAAUUGAUCUGCACUGAUGCCAUCACAGGGUGGGCGCCCAGUCUGUGGAGUGUGUAGGUUGGCUCUGUAUCUGUGGGGAGGGAACACCUGUGGAGGGUGGCUCACCCCCUUGUCUCAGACACCUGCUGAAGGAUGAAAUCACUCUCUCCCUCGCCUGUGGCAGGUAGAGGGGUCACAGGGGGUUUGCCUAGACUGGAUGUCUAAGUUUGGGGCUGAUGGAGUUGAUUGAAAUUAAUUCAUUUAGCUCCUCUUUAGCUGCACUGGAAAAUUUUUGACUUAAAAUGUUUAUGUAUUUCAGAUAUAUUACUUUUUUUUUAUGCAAAAGAGCAGGGCUUGGAAAAGAUUUAUAAUUUGAAACAAACACUCCUGCUGGUCUGUAGUUGUGAAUCCUUUGCACUUGUGUUUUAAAUUAAAGUAGAUCUUGAUUUAUUCAUAA